CCACAUGUUGUCUGGCAGCGGCUCAAAGCAGCGGAGUUGACAGAAGGUAAUCCUCGCCUUGUGAGGCCUCGGCCCCGCUGUGCGGGAGGCGGGGUGUGCAUCAUUGAGACCUGUGGCUGCUAUAAAAAGAGGGGAAGUUGCAAGUCACCCAACUUGAAGCCGGCGCACGUUUUUUUUCGGGGGGUCGGCGGGAGGGGGGUGGGCGGGUGGAUGGUGCGCACGAUGAACACCAUGAAGGCCGUCAAGAACGCGCUGGUGUGCCUGGUGCUUCUGCCCCGCUUCCUGCUGGCCGCGCUCAUGUUUUGGCUCCUCGACUUUCUGUGCAUCCGGAGGAGGUUUUUCCUCCGGAUGAAAGAGCGGGAGGAGAGCGACACCAUGGACCCUCCUCUGUGCAUCUCCGACUCCAACCGCUUCUUCACGCUGGACUCCCUCAAGGCGGUGUGGCACGGACACAAGCUGGACCUCCUCAAGGCGGCGCAACUCGGCCGCGGCGCGCCCAACACGGAGGUGGUGCGGCUGGAGGACGAGCGGCGCGGGCGCAUCCUGGACUUCGCCCGCGAGAGGAGACCGCUCAUCCUCAACUUCGGCAGCUGCACUUGACCCCCCUUCAUGGCGCGCCUCAAGGCGUUCCAGGGGCUGGUGCUGGACCACGCCGACAUCGCCGACUCGGUGCUGGUGUACAUCGAGGAGGCGCACCCGUCGGACGGCUGGGUCAGCACCGACGCGCCCUAUCAGAUCCCCAAGCACCGCUGCCUGGAGGACCGGCUCCACGCGGCGCAGCUCAUGCGCUCCGAGGCGCCCGGGUUCCCGGUGGUGGUCGACGGCAUGGAGAACCCCUGCAACGCCGCCUACGGCGCCUACUUCGACAGACUCUACAUCCUGCAGGAGGGCAAGAUCGUUUACCAGGGGGGCAGGGGACCUGAGGGCUACCGGAUCUCCGAGCUCAGAGACUGGCUGCAGCGGUACCGGGAAAGGCUGGUGCGAAGCAGCAGUCUGGUCAUUCAUGUGUAGACGCACGCGGAGCUGCUAGGAAACAACUGAAAUGCUGCAAAUUCGGGGUAGAAAAAAAUUCCUCUUCGAUCCUACUGUAGUAUUUUGUUUGUACGUGAGUCUCCCUCCACGCCGUUUUUUAAAAAAAAUGUACUGUACCGGCAAAAAAUUAAAAAAAAUCGAGGUUAGUUUGCGUCUAGCUCGCGAUAUGGACCAGUGCGCGUCACUGCGUGCGCUCCUCGGUAUUGUUGUGAAGUUCGGUUCUGAAACGGCGCACGUCCGGAGAACCGGUACUGAUGGAUGUGAUCCCGAGGAGCUUCGAUUGCUGCUCUCUUGUCCAUAUCACUUUUUUUUGUAUAUAUAUAUAUAGACUGUUGUGUGUACGUGCGUACGUGUGCUUUUAUGCGUAUAUUUUUUCAUUCAAUAAAAUGUCUUCAUCUACCUCUA